AUGCCCGGGUACCACCAUGCCUCAAGUGCCCUUACCCUGCUGCUCCUCCUGACGGGAGCCUCCCUCCUCCAUCCGUCCACCCCCACCCCACUGAACACCCCUGAGAAGGCUGAAAACCUGCACACUGACUCUCCCCCUGCACCGACGGCAGCAGGAAAUGAGGACAGAGGAGAUGAGGAGAGGCGAUCGGUGCAGAAAGAGGAGACGGAGGAGGAGGAAGAGGAGCUCUUCAAAGACGUGGAUCCAAAAACGCUGGCAGCGGUCCUGCUAGAGGCGCUGAAUCGCUCAGACGUGGGGAGGAGGAGGGAGGAAGAGGAGAUGAACGCUGAGAUGGAGGAGGAAAACAGAGAGGUGAGAACAAUGAAGGGAGCGGACAGAGACAGAGAUGGACGACAGGAGUUAGAGACACUGAUGGCUGCUCACGGGAAGGAGAGGGAGAAAGAGGAGGAAGAGGAGAGAAGGAAGGCUCAGGAGGAAGAGGAGAAGAUGACAGAGAAGGUAACCAGUCGAACCACGAGCCAGACGGUCCAGGUCCAAGCAGAACCACAACCACAGAGUCCAGAAGGAGUAGGGGAGAGGGGGAAGGAUGGAGGGGACACUUCUCCCGAACCAGACGCCAAUGAGGAGGAAGAGGAGGAGCAGCUCAGCCCAGAGGAGCUGAAGAGUCUGGAGACCAUGAUGAAGGAGUUCCCCCGACUGAACACGGCAACCAAGAGGGAGGGCGAGCAGAACCAGAGGGAGAGCCGAGGGUGGAGCAGCUACAAUGAAGUCCUCCCCGUCAAAGGAAGUGACAUCGCCAUGACGAAGAAGAAGCUGAAAUGGCAGGAGGAGACGCAGAAGGGGGUCAACAUCCCAAUGUUCAGGGAGGGAAACUUCAUGGAUGACUUUGAGGAGAGUAACCGGGCAGGAAGUAACGACAUCCAAUCACAGCUUCCAUUGGAACAGGAAGUGACAGAGGAGGAGGAGGAGCCAGAGGAGGAAGAGGAGGAGGAGGAGGAACAGCUUAGUCCUGAGGAAGAGGAGGUUCGUGCCAAAGCCGAGCAGGAAGAGAUGAGGAGGCAAGCAGCCGAGGCACAGCGGGCCAAGAUGGAGGAGGAGAAGCUGGCGGACAUCGCCUCUGACAUGCUGCUGCGCUACAUGGUGAAGCAGAACAACGGGAACCGCAAAUACAGCUCGUCUCUGUCCAACGCCGCCGAGGACAAACGCUCCGAUGAGGAGCAGGAGGCGGCAGAGGAGGAGGACCUAGACCCCCAGACCAUUGACAAGCUCAUUGAGAUUUCCAGCAAGCUCCACCUCCCUGCAGAUGAUGUGGUUGACAUCAUCAGUGACGUGGAGAAGAAGAAAAAAAAGGAUGUCCCACCAGAGAUGACAUCUCGGUGGCAGCGUCCUCUGACGCCACUCUCCUCUUCAUUCUCGUCCACUAAGGGUUUGUCUUCGUCCCCACCCAACACCAACAGCUACCCUGUUACUAAGCAACCAUCUCCAGCUGUCAAUCUCCUCAAGACCUGGUUCCAGGAGAAAACACCAACGAAAUCCCAAGAUCUGUGGAGCAAACCUCUGCAAACCAAUCAGAAUCUUUGGUCCAAACCUCAGAAACCAAUCAAGCAGGAAGUCUGGUUCAAGUCUCCAAAGCCCCUCAGGACCGGAUACCCCUUCUACCCCUACAGAUACCCCUCCUACUACCAGAGGAAGCCUUACCCCGACUACUACCCUGUCUACUUCCCUCCUCCGCCAAGACCCAAACCUCGCUACUUUCUCCCCAAACCUGUGGAAGGUGCAUAUGCCUUCCCACCCAAACGCCGCUACCACAGCUGGAUCCAACCCCGGCUCAGAGUCCCCCCUGCAGACCUCCAGCAGAAGCCUUACUACCCCAGCUACCCCCUUCCUCUCUACCCCCGGACAUUUCAGCCGGUCAGAGUCCCUGUGAUGCCUCCUCAGCAGAGGCAAUUUUAUUUCUCUGCACCGGCAGCUUCAGCGACCAGAAGCGACAAUCGUUACGAGGCAAGAAAACAACCAGAGAGCCGUGACGACCUGGAAAAAUAUAUCCAACAGAUCCUCCUGAAGAGACCGCAGAUAUCAGACUGA